AUGAGUAAUAGACCUUUAUCUUCUUCUACAAAAAAAACUUCAUUACAACCUAUUAAAAUUAAUAAAGCCCCUUCAACAAAACCUAUUCUUAAACCAAAGAAAAGUAAAAAAACCAUUUCUGAUCCUGUAUAUUUACAAUUAUUGAAAAUACAACAAAUGUGUGAUGAAACACCUCAACAAAAUGAAAAGAAACCUUCUAAACCUCUUGUAAAAAAACCUUCUAAAUCAUCCCAAUCUAUUGAAAAGUUAUCACUAAAAGAAUCACAACCUCCAGAAGAAAAAUCAUUAAAAGAAUCACAACCUAUUGAAAAACAACAAAUCCAAUCUAUUGAAUCUCAUCCUACAAAUCAACCUAUACAAUACCAACAUAUCUUACAAAAACCUUUAUACAAUCCAAUACCUAUUAGAGAGGAACCUCAAACAUAUUCUACUCCUUUUGUAAAACCAUCUCCUUCUCAACAACAACAACAACAGCAAUAUGGGUAUAAUUUUAUAUCAUCUAAUUAUCCUUACUCAAUAAACUCUUCUUCUUUAUCUUCUUCUUCACAACCAUCAUAUUACAAUCAAUAUACAACAUAUCAAAAUAUAUACCAAACACCAUUUAAUGGGUAUUCUCCUAUCAACCAACAACCUAUGCCAUAUUAUUCACCAUCUUUUGUUCCAACAUAUCAAAAUAUUUCUUUAAUUCCAAAUUUGGUUUCACCAUACCAAGUUGUUAAUAACCAACAACCACAAAAUCAGUAUGAACAAGGUUAUCAAUUAUACAAUAAAUAUAAACCAGAACAUAAUAAGUAUAAACAAGAAAUACCAAAAACAAUAAGUUAUGGUGGAAAUACCACAAAGAAACCAAAUACAUUAACAUCACCUUCAAAACCUAAAAUAAUACCAAUUCAAAGUAGUAAACCAUAUUAUAAAAGAGAUUCAAUAUUUAAAGAAGAAGAACCUCAAAUUGAAUUAGAACAAAAACAAUAUCCCAAAAUGAAAGAUGAGUAUUAUAAAAAACCAAAAGAACCAAAAGAAAUUAAAACAAUUACAGAAAAACAAAAUAAUGAAAAUGAAAAAAAAAUAACACAUUCACAUCAUCAAAUAAAAAGUCAAUUAUCAAAGAAACCAAAAGAUAAGUUUUUUAUAAACUUUUAUGAUGGAGUAAAUACAUUAAAAGAAGUUGAAUCAAUUCAAAAAAAACCAGAAAUUAAUUUGAAAGAUGAAAAUGAUAAUUUAAUUGGAACAUCACAAGAAUUAGAAAAACAUUAUUUCAGAAUUAAAGGAGAACCAAAAUCAUCAGAAGUUAGACCAUUACAAGUACUUUAUAAAUCAUUAAAUUAUGUAUUAACAAAAUAUAAAGAAAAUAAAGAAUAUGAUUAUAUUUGUGAUCAAUUAAAAGCAAUUAGACAAGAUUUAACAUUACAACAUAUUGAAAAUGAAUUUUCAAUUAAAGUAUAUGAAAUACAUUCAGAUAUUUCAUUAGAAAAUAAUGAUGUUUCUGAAUUUAUUCAAUGUGCAUCAGCAUUAAAACAAUUAUAUAAAAAAUUUGGAUAUUCAAAUAAUAACCCAAAAGUAAUUUUUUAUAUAUCAGCAAUGAUUCUUUGUAAUAUGGAUUCAAAAAAUGUUUCACCAAUUACUAAUUAUUCAUUAUUAAGAGAAAUUCCAAUAGAAAUAUUAAUAAAUCCAAAUAUUCAAUUUGUAUUAAAUGUAAAACGAGCAUUUGAUAAUGGAGAAUAUUUUACAUAUCUUAAAUUAUUUAAAGAAGCUAUUCCUAAAUUUAAAGUAAUAAUGAAACUUGCAAUAGAAAAAGUAAGAUUAAAAGGUCUUAUGCUUUUAUUUAUGUCUAUUGGUGGAGUUAUUGAAGUAAAAGAUGUUAUGAAUUUUCUUUCAUUCUCAAAUGAAAAAGAAUAUCAAGAAUUUAUAUCAAAAUAUCCAUUAAUUCAAGAUUCUAAUGGAAAAAUUCAAUGUGUUGAAACAUUAAAAAGUAUUUCUAAAAGUUAA